ACACAGAGAUUGACUGGAAGGCCUACAUGUCCCAGGUGGAGGGCGUCAUCAAUGGCACCUACGACUAUACCCGGCUGCGGGGCGACACUGGACCCCUUGUGUACCCUGCUGGCUUUGUGUACGUCUUUAUGGGGCUGUACUACGCCACGGGCCGGGGCACCGACAUCCGCAUGGCCCAGGGCAUCUUCGCUGUGCUCUACCUGGCCACCCUGCUGCUUGUGUUCUUGAUCUACCACCAGACCUGCAAGGUGCCUCCCUUUGUCUUUUUCUUCAUGUGCUGCGCCUCUUACCGCGUCCACUCCAUCUUCGUGCUGCGGCUCUUCAACGACCCAGUGGCCAUGGUGCUGCUCUUCCUUAGCAUCAACCUCCUGCUGGCCCGGCGCUGGGGCUGGGGCUGCUGCUGCUUCAGCCUGGCAGUCUCCGUGAAGAUGAACGUGCUGCUCUUCGCCCCCGGGCUGCUGUUCCUCCUCCUCGCACAGUUCGGCUUCCGUGGGGCCCUCCCCAAGCUGGGCCUCUGUGCUGCCCUUCAGGUGCUGCUGGGGCUGCCUUUCCUGCUGGAGAACCCUGUUGGCUACCUGUCCCGGUCCUUUGACCUGGGCCGCCGGACUGUGAACUGGCGCUUUCUCCCGGAGGCCCUCUUCCUGCACCGUGCCUUCCACCUGGCUCUGCUGGCCGCCCACCUCACCCUGCUCUUGCUCUUUGCCCUCUGCAGGUGGCACAGGACAGGAGAAAGUAUCCUGUCGCUGCUGAAGGAUCCCUCCAAAAGGAAAGUUCCGCCCCAGCCCCUCACACCCAAUCAGAUCGUGUCCACCCUCUUCACGUCCAACUUCAUUGGCAUCUGCUUCAGCCGCUCCCUCCACUACCAGUUCUACGUCUGGUAUUUCCACACACUGCCCUACCUCCUGUGGGCCACACCGGCUCGCUGGCUCACACACCUGCUCAGGUUGCUGGUGCUGGGGCUCAUCGAGCUCUCCUGGAACACGUACCCGUCCACGUGCUGCAGCUCUGCUGCCCUGCACGUGUGCCAUGCUGUCAUCCUGCUGCAGCUCUGGCUGGGCCCGCAGCCUUUCCCCGAGACCAUCCAGCACAGCAAGAAAGCCCAUUGAAGUCCACUCUGGGGACCCUGGGCAGGAUGGACUCUGCGCCCUUCUGAAUAAACCUUGCCAAGCGGC